UUUUAUUUUGUUUUUUGUUCUUUUGUUGGAAUACUAACGUUUCGUUGUUGGUUUCUUUUAAAACUUUAUUAGCGUUGUUAGUUACUCAACAUGAAAUUGGACAGUACGUUAAACGAUCGCGAGGACAUGCGCUUCAAGACACUCUUCCAUCGACAAAUCGUGGAGAUAGCGCGUCACAUGCCCUUCAGCGAAACGGAGGUGUCUAGCAUACUGAUGGUCUACUAUAAGUUUGCAAAAGGCCACGGGAAGCCGGGUCGCAAUAUUUCGCUGGAACAAUUCAUCAACAUGAUUGGCUUCUUCCAGCAAUAUUACGACUUCGAUCAGGCAAAUCGAAUUGCAACCGUGGCGGCCAAUGGGGGGAAAGCCAUGACAGCCAUGGACUUUGUGAACUUCAUGUAUAUCAUUACGACAGACGAUCUGGAGGCGAAAAUAGACUUUGCCUAUAAGGUGUACGAUAAGGCUGACAAGGGCAUCAAUCGCUUUGUGGUGACCAGCGCUGUGACCAAGUUCUUCACGGUCGGUGAUGACGAUGAGCUGAACGAGUUGCGCAAGGACAUGGCCGAUUUUCUAAUCCUCAAAUUCGAUUUGGAUCGCGAUGGCGUCAUCACAUUUGACGAGUACAAAACGGUUGUCAUGCGCAACCCGGCGCUUCUGGAGUUCCUCGGGCCCAUAUUUCCCUCUACGGGCACGCGCCAGCUGAUCGCCUACUGCACGGCUAUAACAUCGCUUAUACCAGAGCUCCGAGCACAAGUCUAGCAGCGGAUAGUCCCCCAUUUCGCACUUUAGUGCUAGUAACUAAAGGCAGGCUUUGCUGCCUUGGCAAAUUGUUGUAAAUCUUUCUGAGGCACAAAUAAAUCGAAAGCAAUGCAACUCUA